AUGGAUGCGCCCGUGCCGAAGCUCGCGGAGCUCCUCCGCCAUCCAGACGACCUGGACAAGAUUGCUGGCCUCAAGCAGGAGUUCUCUCGCAAAAAGGGUGCCGUCGACUCUCAGCUCCGCAGCGGUCUACGCGAGCAGCUCGAAACGACUCAGUCAGGCAUGACAGGCUUGACGGACGGUCAAAAGACAGUGCAACAAAUCAAGGAGGAGAUGAUCAAGAUCGAUCGCCUGUGUUCAGAGUCACAGAACAUGAUCAAGGACUUUGCCAGCAUCAAUCUUGUAUCGCAGGCACAUCGAAACUUUGGCGCCGUUGAGGCCAUGCGCAAAAACCUCGAAACUUUCAACGAGCGCCUGGCGAUCGUCGAGCGGAUGCUAAGCGAGGAUGAGGGCGACAAGGAGAACAUGCCCAACCUGCUGCCCAUACACUACGAGCUCACGCAGCUGAGGAAUAUCAGAGAUGAUGCUAUGGAACAAAUCCAGAGAGCGGAGGACCCAAGUCUGGAAUCGACGCUUGAGGACUACUUCCAGAGGUUGGAUACCAUGAUUGACUGGUUCGACGAGCACAUCGGUAUUUUGGCUUUAAAUCUGAUCAACUUGGUUGUCAAUGACAACAACGGGCUGGUGGUGCGCUUCGCUGUCGUCAUCGAGGCAGAGGAGAAGAGCGACCAGAGGGUGCUGGCAUUACAAGAAGCAUUGAAGGAUCACAAGGAGAUGGCAACGAGAUUCCAGAGUAUCACCGACGGUGCGAAAAAGGUUCGAGGCUAUAAGGACAAGUUCACGCAGGCUAUCAAGAUCAGUGUUGAAGGGCAAUUCGCUGAAGCCAGAGGUGAAUUUCUGGACGACCCUUCAGCACUGGACAAGAUUCUGAAAUGGUAUUUCAAUGACCUGAAUGCCGUCAAGAUGGGCAUGACCCCAUUGAUGCCUAAGAAGUGGAAGAUUCUUAAGACAUACGGUGAUAUAUAUCAUCAAACGAUGCACGACUUUUUGGUCGGUAUGAUUGACGACCCUGAAUCAAGUUCUGCCAACACAUUAGAGAUUAUCAAUUGGCCAGAGAAAUAUUACAAGAAGAUGAAGAAGCUGGGCUUCAAGCAAGAUGAUUUAGCACCGCACGUCAUCGAUUCCAGAGAAACGGAGCUAGUACGAGACUUCCGCCAACUCAUCAUUAAGUUCCUGGACGAAUGGAUUGAGCGAAUAUUCAAUGCCGAGCAAAAGGACUUCGCUGAGCGCAAUGUCGAGGGCUCAAACUUGGACCAGGAUGAGUACGGAUACUUUCGAACCAAAAAUCUUGUCGACAUGUGGCGCAUGUUACGAGAGCAGAUCGAUGCAGCCGCCAACUCGAAGCGCAUGGACGUCAUCGAGGGCGUCAUUGACGCUAUGUUCCUACGACUGCGAGGCAGGCAACAAUCGUGGCAAAAGAUGCUCGACGAAGAAGCCACCAAAUAUGAGACCGGGAAAAUACCCGAGCUGGAAGGAUUUCAGCCCCUUCAAGACUGGCUUGUAGCAACUGCGAACGACCAAAUUGCUUGCAUUGAUGAUAACGAGGAGGAGAAUAGACUGGCGUACCUGUCUAACUUCAAACAAAAAUUCGAACCACUUGUGUCGCCGGCGUACAUGGAGCGGGCCGAGGGCGAGGUCGAGCUGCUGCGCGACGGCUACGUGGAUUUCAGUACAUGGUGCAUUACCAAAUUUGUCCAGCUCAUAUUUUCUGUCGACUUCAAACUGGUCAUGCCCGACUUCUUCACUCCGAAGUGGUAUACAAGCACAGCAAUGAAGCAGAUGGUAGUGACGUUCGAGGAGUAUGUCAACGAUUACAGCCAGGUGCUGCACCACUCUCUUGUGGAUAUCUUCACCGAGAUCUUUGCUGAUGAGCUGCUUAUCCGUUACCUGUCUUCGGUGCGCAACAAGGGCGCAAAGUUUAAACGCACAGACCCGUUGCAGGACAAGCUCUUCAACGACAUAUCCAUAGCGUUCGAGUACUUCAGUGCCUUACCUAACCCCGACGUUGGGAACUCAGUUAAGCAGACGUGGCGUGUCACCGAGUACUUCCUGCAGCUCCUCACAGUUGAAAAGGAUGCCCUUCCUGACACGUUCGAAAGCUUCAAGAACGCUUACUGGGAUUUGCAGAUGACCUGGGUUGAGGCGGUGCUGCGUUCGCGUGACGACUUUGAACGGAGUAUGUUGAAUGCUGUCAAAGGGCGGGCAGCGCAAAUUGAGGUUAAUAGGGGUCCUGAAACAAUCAUGAGCAAGGUCAAGUGA